AAAUAGUUGAUGUCAGUCUCGUUUGAUCUGUCGUCUAUAAAACUGCUGGUAAAACUUAAGCGGCAAUAUGUUUUGUAAGCUUGGGCUCUUAUCACUGGCCCCGUUAGCGAUAACAACAAUCCUAAGUGCGCAACUGGUAGAGGCUGAAGCAGCGCAUCGUUGGUUUUCAGGGGAACAUCAGAGUAAUGAGGAUCAGAGGGGAGCUCAUUACCAGGAGCAGAGAGGACACCACAAUCACGGGCAUUACCAUGGACAUCAUCACGGACAUGAUUACAAUCCCAAUCAAUUAAACGAUCGUUUUCCGAGCAUCGGGUAUAAUGGCCCCCCAUUUUAUGGGCCCGUUUAUGGCAACCAGCAUCGAGGAGGUGCAUAUCCGGGUCAAGGGUUUGGAUCUCAAGAGCCUAGCUUUGGUAUAAAUGGUCAGCAAGGCGUCGGGUUCGGAGGUCGCAGCCCCAAUGGAGGUUACGGAGGACGCCCAGGUUUUGGGAAUGCUUACCAACCGAGGCCAGGACACGGUGGUGGUGUCCCGCCUUAUCAGAGCGGUCAACCAGGUCAGGGAUAUGGUCCCAAUGGAUUUCAACAGCCUGAACAGGGCUAUGCUGGGGGUCCAUUGCAACCACAGCCAGAAGUGCAACAACCUGGCGUAGGUCUUAUUUUCAACGGUGUAAAUCCACUGCAACCACGACCAGGACAAGGAUUGCCAUAUCCUGGAGGACCCCAACAACCUAGCCAAAGCCAAUCUGGAAGCGUUGGAAAUACAUUACAACCACGGCCAGAACAAGGAACUGCAGAUCCCUUUGGCGUUCAAAAACCUGACGAAGGCUUCAGUUUCAACAAUGACAAUUCAUUCCAACCUCGACCAGGGCAGGGACUGACACAUCCAGGUACAGCCCAACUUCCUAACCAAAGUCAGCCUGGAAGCAUUGGAAAUCCACUACAACCACGGCCAGGAAAAGGAACUACUGAUACCAUUGGCAAUCAACUAGUCGAGGAAGGUUCACUUUUCAACAGUGCCAUUCCACAACAACCUCGACCAGGACAGGGGCAGCCAUAUACGGGAAGACCUAUCCAAAGCCAACCUGGAAGCAUUGGAAGUCCACUGCAGCCGCGGCCAGGACAAGGAACUACAGAUCCCUUUGGGCUGCAACAACCCGACGAAGGGUUUAGUUUCAAUGGUCAAGGAUUGCCACAUUCAAGUGGGCCAAACCAAAGCCAAUCUGGAAGCGGAAGUCCAUUGCAGCCACGUCCAGAACAAGGUCAAAUCGAACAGUCCUAUCCAAUUGGACUCCAGCAACCAAGUCAAGGUCAAUCUGGAAGUCCAUUACAACCACGACCUGGACAAGUGAGCUCUAACUUAAUUUCUUUCCCGCACGCAGAACAUACUGGCAAUGUUCCAUCUGGUGACUCAUUUCAAUCGCAUCCCAAAGAUUUCUCUGUUCAGCCACACUCUGGUCAACAUAAUCAGACUUCGUCGAAUUUGGACCAAAGUUCGGAUAGCAAUCAAACCGACCACACUGUUGACGAUAAUAUAUUUUCUAUUUUUAAUACGAAAGAAAACGAUAUAAAACCACUCUCUGUGGACACUCAGCCACAAUCAAUAGAGGGACGCUUUCUCUUAUCCACCGAUCCAAAAUGUAAAGAAGGAUCCGAUGUUAGAAGCGGUCGCUGCCGCCAAAGUGCAUAAACUGCGCUUCAAAAAAACAAUUUGAAACUAAUCAGCUUUAAAGAUCAAACAACCUAUUUGUGAUUGGCUACAUAAAUAUUUAAUAAACAUUUUGAAAACGAUGCAUCAGUAAA